AUGUCGGUUGAUGGAGAUCCACUUUCCGGUGUCUGCUUCACUGGACUUACGGAUUCUGUCAUCUUGCUUGGCUUUCUGAUUGCGCCGCUAUGCAUCUAUCUGAUCAUUGGAACUUGCUUUCUGGCCGCAGGAUUUGUUUCCUUGAUGCGUAUCCGGAGUAUUAUAAAGACAGGUGGCUCGAAAACAUAUGACUUAGAGAAGCUGAUCAUGCGAAUCGGUAUCUUUAGCCUGCUCUACAUGGUGCCUGCUGUCAUUGUGAUCGCCUGCUAUUUACACAUAUCGCGCAAGACUGACGAUUGGAUGCUCACCUGGUAUAUCCGUGUGGUUUGUCUAUCUCGACCUGCUUUCCCAUCCGCCGCUGCGUCUGCUUUUCGAGUUGGAGCCGGUGGGCUCGGGCUCGUCUCUGAUGUCACUGGUCUGCCACAUAACCCUUCAAUUUGCGCCAUCCUCCUGCUCAAAUUGGUCAAUCACUCUUCCGCCACCUCUGCUACCGCUGCAGCAGCCGCUGCAGCAGCCGCGUCCGGAUUAAACUCGCUUUCGCCUAGCUGGCCUUUGGCCUCAGAGCAGCCUGAAUUUGAGCUUUUCAUGAUCAACUACCUGAUGACUUUGAUUGUAGGCAUCACCAGUGGUAUCUGGAUCUGGAGUGGCAAGACUUUGCUCUCUUGGCAGCGCUGCUUCUCUCGUCUUUGCUGCCUCGGCUCGAUCCCACGGCCAGGUGUCACUGCAACCAGUGGCUGUGGAGCUCGAGCUGGCGGCUUUCUCUUGCUGCCAGGGCGCCAGGUUCUCUCUGGUCCUCACGCGCAUCUUGCUGCCGCUGAUCAGCAUCCAAUACUUUCGGCGUCGCCGGGAGGUGAAGAAUUGUUACUGAGUCAUUUGCAUACACAUUCUGUCGGGCAUCACCAUCAUACCCAACAAAGUGGCGCCUCGCAUGCCGGUGGUCGCGUUUUUUCGGACACAUCUGCGACCGCUGCGUCUGCGGGACAAACAAUGCCCUUACUUUCAGGGCUCUCAGCGACUGGCAACGAUCCCUCUGGCUGGCUCAAUCGGCUUGCUCCCUCUUCCCAACCUACUGCACCUCCAUCUCAUCCACCUCCGCCACCACCCCAGUCACCCUCAAUCGAUGUGGUUGGGCUCGAAAAUGUCGGCAAAGCUGUUCUGUCACCAAUCGUCAGUCUGCUCCAUUCUGACGCUCUUUUUCAUGCAGCUACCUUCCGGUCCUUCCUUUUACUUGAAGCUCUAUACUCUGCAUUUUCACAACGUCAUACUAAUUCAGGCGCCUUGGUUCGUGUUGGAGAGCCCAACGGUUUGCUGAAUCCCAGAACGGUCUAUGCUACAUUUGCCUACACCAACACAGAUACGAUUGCACACAAUCGCCAACUCCUACAUGCUUGA